CUUUAUUCCGUGUCCUUCAUCCACCAUUUUCAUCGUCUUCUGUACGCGCUUGAGCCAGUCGACGAUGCUCCGUCCAUCCAUCACCUCUUAAUCUCACCAUGGCAGACACCCUCGACCUCUCCCACCUCACCGAGGAGCAGCAGCUCGCCCUCCAGCAAUUCACCUCCGUCACCGACCAAGACCUCUCCACCGCCGUGCCUCUCCUGCAGAAAUGCCAGUGGAACGCACAGAUAGCCAUCACCCGCUUCUUCGACGGCGAUGCGGAAACCAUCGAUCCCGUCGCCGAGGCUGCCGCCGCUCCUCCCCCGCCCGCGCACUCGAGACGAUCCGAGACCUUGAUGCACAGCUUAUCGUCUCCGCGUCACUCGACCUCGAGCUCACGGAGUCGGAAUGGCCUUGAAGAGGCACCAAGAGUCGUAGCAACACCGGAAGGCCAGCUCACACAACCCUUGCCGUUCCCCUUGUCCAUUCUCCUCCUCCCCUUCAAUCUCACCUACGCCAUCUUCCAGCGUGUGUUCGGCGCAGUCGGCUACCUCUUCCCCGUCCUCCCCCGACUCCUCGCCCGCAUCUGGUCUGGCCGAGCCUCGCGCCCCUCUCGAGACACCGGCCGCAAGCAACUCAAUCCCCGCGACACCGCAGCGCGCUUUAUGCGGGAGUUUGAAGAAGAAUACGGCGUCACGCACGCCACCCUCCCCUUCCAUGAAGAAGGGUACGCGCAAGUAUUCGACAUCGCCAAACGCGACCUCAAAUAUUUCCUCGUCGUCCUCCUUUCCCCCGAACACGACGACACCGCCCCCUUUGUCCGCGAAACGCUCCUCUCCCCCGAAUUCGUCCACUUUGUCCAGCAGCCGGAGAACAACAUCCUCCUCUGGGCCGGCACAGUGCAAGACGCCGAAGCAUACCAAGUCGCCACCGCGCUCAACGCUACCAAGUUCCCCUUUGCCACCCUCAUCUGCCACACACCGUCGGUGUCAGCAUCCGCCAUGUCGAAAAUCGCCACCUCCGCCGGACCGGUUGCAGCCGGUGACUUGAUCGCGAAAUUGCAAGGCGCGAUGCAGACGCACAAUGCGGAACUCGAGCGCGUCAAGCGGCAGAGAGAAGAGCAGCAAGCGAGUCGCAAUAUUCGACAAGAGCAGGAGAGCGCGUACGAGCGCUCACUGGCGCAAGAUCGGGAGAAGGCGCGGAAGAAGAAGGAGGAGGCUGCGGCGAAGGAGAAGGCGGAGCGAGAAGAGCGGGAACGCGAGGAGAGGGCGGCAGAGCAGGCAAGAAAGCUGUAUCAGUGGAGACGAUGGAGGGCACAAAGUCUACCAUCAGAACCAGGCGAGGCUGUCAAAGAUGCGGUGCGCAUGAGCAUUCGUAUGCCGGAUGGGGAGCGCGUGGUGCGCAAGUUCCGGGCGGACGCCGAUCUUGAGGAGUUGUAUGCUUUUGUUGAGUGUUACGAUCUACUGUCGAAUGGUGAGGCAGAAGUGUCGGAGAAGCAGGCGCUGGAGCCGGAAGGCUACGAGCACGACUUCAAGUUCCAGCUGGUAUCGCCGAUGCCCCGUGAAGCAUAUGGAUUGGAGAAAGGAGGGAGCAUUCGGGAUCGCAUUGGACGGAGCGGGAAUUUGAUUGUGGAGAAGAUUGUCGAAGAGGAUGACGACGAGGAAGCUGACGACCAAUGAUGACUGGAUAUAGACUAGACAUGUAGGAAUUGUUGGACUGUGAUCGUGGU